AUGAUCAACGGUAGAUUCGUUCGUUAUUUGAACGCUAACGAUCUACGACAGCUCGCAGAUUAUCAAAGGAAAGUGGAUCAUUGGCAGAAGAAACUUGACCUGCACAUUGAACAUCGAGUGAAUGCUGGUGAAAAUCAGCGACGACAACAGAUGAAUGCGGCAUUUGGUCCAGACGGUUCGUAUGUUAAAAGUUUUAAAGGACCAUUCUGGGAAGAACAACACCUGAACACUCCACCGCCCACCACCCUACCAACCUUCGCUCCCGAACAGAUCGCUGAGGUUCCAACAGAACAGUACCCUGAUCCACCCGCAUUUUGCUUGCAGUAA